UUUUGAAGUCCAGGUGGUCGAGCCUGCGUAAAAACGCACCAAACCCACGCCAAACUCUACGAAAUAGUGAGCGUCAUAAAAAAAGCAGCUCGAUCCUUGCAGCUCCUGGCACUUGUAUGAAUGAAUAAGCUGUUUUUAGAGAAAGCCUCCUGGAUUUGCUGCUGGAGAAAUAACCUCAAGAGCGGAACGCGCUGGGUGGUGGUGCGUCGCUGCGAUCUGCACAGAAAACGGGAUCAGACUGUUCAGGGUGAACUUUAGGUUUUUGGCCAAAGAAGGCAACUUUUUUAAAACAGCGAGCAAGACGGCUUGUUUCAGCGACAAGUGGAGAUAUGUUCAAAAAAAGCAAGAGUAAAGUGCUGGUGGAUUAUGCGUCAGAGGAAGACGACAUGUCCUGGCACUAUCAUCACUCCUACAAGGACAAAGACAUAGAAGGAGAGGAAGAGGAGGAGGAAGCUGUCACUGCAGUGUCCAAGGAGCCCAAGGUGAAGAAGAUCAUGUCGAAGAAAGAGAGGAGGGAGAAGAAGAUGUUCUCCACUAAAGAUGACGAGCACUUCUUGUUGACUGGAGUCAAGCUGGCUGACCGCAGAGGGUCUCACAAGAAAAUCAAGGACGAUGAGAAGGAGAAGGAAAAGAAGGACAAGCCAGAGAAGGGCCACUGUUUCUGGGAUAGCGUCACCAUGACGAUGAGGCAGAUCUCCCCCACCAAAAAACUGGAGAAGAUGGAGGGCUGGGAGCCGCCUCACCUGGAGAACUUACCUGAGACUGUGACUGACGAAGCCCCAGAGGACAAGAGCCAGAAAGGGGACUCGCCAGUGUCCCUCCCCGACACUUUCGGCCUCCCGUUGGAGCUGGCCUCCUGGGCGGGCCGUGGUUUUGAGGAGGACUCCUCCCGCUAUGCUAAUCUCUCGGACUCCAAGGAUUCAACAGCUGCCGACAGGUGGACAGCCCGCGCCAAAGUCAAGCUGGCCGGCAUCAGCAGGAUGAGCAGAGGGAUUGUGUCAGAGAGCGCUUGGGAGGGGUUUAAAUAGGAGCCAUUGUUACCUUGGAUACCCCUCCCUCCUCACUUGUGUACCAUCGAUAAAGAGGAUGAAGACCUGAACCAAAUAUCUGCUCGUCUCUGUAGUCUAGUUCUGGACGACACCGGUGUUAACUGGUAUUGAGAUGCUAUUAUAAAGCCCUGAUUAUAACACAUGAAGUUUGUCCUUAUUGUUUUAGCUUUGAAAGUCCUUAAAGACAAUAUCAGUCAGUUUUAUCACUGGGCUCUUUUUGCCACUUUUGAAUCACUGACGUAAACUGUAAAUUACAACAAAUAAAAGCCUUAAACUACUGUACCAUUUUAA